CACCCCAACCCUCCCCUGACACCCCAGCACACCCCAGGUCCCCCCAGGAAGCGAACGUUUGCUUGUAAGAACGUUUAAGAUGCAGAAACGUUUCAAAGUCUGACCACGUGUCUUGGGUUGAGUUGAUGGGCCAAAUUUUGUGUCCCUGAUUUCACGUCCCUAUUUUUUGUGUUUCUACCCAUUUCCACCCAUUUCCUGACCCCUUCCCUUCUUCCUUGACCCUUUCCAGUGCCGCGGGUAGUGAGAAAGAGGGGAAUGGGCGAACGAAUCAAGAGAAACAGUGAAUAAUAUUGAAUAAACUUGAUGGAAACAGAGAAAGAGGAACUGAUAUCGUGUGACACUAACCGCAAGAUUCAAGAGGAAGAGGAAGAGUAUAUGUGUGGUGUUGGUGGUGAUAUGCUGCCCCUCCUACUCACCACCACCACCACCACCACGCACCACCACCUGUAAGAGUCAGAAUGGAGUUGUCUCGCCCUCACCACCACCACCACCACCACCGUCGCAAGCCACCACCACCACCAUCACCGCUUCUGUCAUCACCACGUGUCUUCAUCACCACUCCUUCAUCACCACCACCACCACCACCACCUUCGAGGGUCUUCAGAAUGCAUCGAUGUCUUCAACUCCACCACCUCCACCUCCUCCUCCACCUCCUUCUCCUUCUCCUCGUCUUCGUUCAGAAAGGUGUGAGCGCGGGGCGGGUCACGCAGGGCCCCUCCUUCACGGUCGAGCCUCCGAGACACCUGCACUUUACGAAUUCCUCGGGCGCCGUGUUGGACUGCGUGGCGGAGGGCGUCCCGGCGCCAACCCUCACCUGGACCACGAAGGACGGCCGGCAGGUGGAGCAGGUGGAGGGACUGAGGGAGAUCGCGGUGAACGGCUCCCUCAUCUUCCCGCCGUUUCCUUCCCAGCGCUACGAGGAGCAGGUUCACGACCAGACCUACACCUGCCGGGCCUCCUCACCUGCUGGGACGCUCCUGGCCACGCCCACUCAGCUACGGGCAGUGGUGGUGGGUCACUACGAGGUCCAGGUGUACGACCAGGUGGUGAUGACGGGGAACACGGCCGUCCUCAGGUGCGCCGUGCCGCUCUUCGUGCAGGAUUACGUGACCGUGACCUCCUGGGUGCACGACGGUUCCUUCAACAUAUACCCAUCGAUGCACGGAGACGGGAAGUACCACAUGACCGCGGACGGUGAGCUUCACGUGCUGGAUGUUGGUCCGCCCGACGGCCUCUCCCGCUUCCAGUGUCGAACCCUGCACAAACUGACCAGGCGGACCCAGCUCUCGCACACACCUGCCCGGAUCAUUAUUACAGAGCCACAGGGAACCGUUCCACCGAAGAUCAGGGAGACUACGAGAAGGGUGGUGGCCGAGGAGGGAGCUCGCGUUACUCUCCCUUGCGUCGCCCAGGCCCACCCCCCGCCCACCUACACGUGGUACAAAGGCGCCACAGCCCUCACCGGCAGCAGCGGGGUGUGGACGGUGGGGGGGUCGCUGGUGCUGGGUCGCGUGGGGGUGGGGGACGCGGGGGAGUACUCCUGCGUGGUCAACAACACCGCUGGGCACACCAAAUACUCCGCCCACCUGCUGGUCACGCAUCCCCUAUCAGUACAGGUGACGCCGCGUGAGGUACAGGUGGAUGCGGGCGGGCGGCUGGAGCUCAGGUGUCACGUGUCAGGCACCCCCGUGGACUCCGUUACCUGGCUGAAGGACGGGAAUAUGCUCAGCCGCAGGUCCAAUGAUCGGGUCAGGAUACGGCCGCGCGAGUCCCUUCACCUGGCGCCCGUGGAUAUCUCCGACACCGGCAUAUACCAGUGUGUCGCCAUCUACGGCCGAGACUACGCCCACGCCCCCGCCUACGUCACGCUCGGGGCCGCCGCCCCUCAGCUGGUCUACCGGUUCAUCGAGCAGACCAUCAAGCCGGGUCCGUCCGUGAGCCUCAAGUGCAUAGCCACGGGGACGCCCACGCCGCACAUCACUUGGCAGCUAGACGGCUUCCCCAUACCGCAUUCCCACAGAUACGUCAAGGGGCAGUACGUCUCAGCUCACGGGGACGUCGUUAGCCACGUCAACAUCAGCUCGGUGCAUGUGACGGACGGUGGGAGCUACACGUGCGCGGCGGAGAACAGCGCGGGGAGGGUGCAGCACUCCGCCAGGCUCAACGUGUACGGCCCGCCCCACGUCAGGCCCAUGGGCGCGGUGUCGGCGGUGGCGGGGCAGACCUUCUCCGUCACCUGCCCCGCCUCCGGGUACCCGAUACACAAGAUUACGUGGAGCAAAGACGGCGUGCGGCUUCCAACCAGUCACCGGCAGCGGGUCCACGCCAACGGAACCCUGGUGGUGGAGCAAGUGACGAGGGACUCCGACAAGGGGGAAUACGCGUGCACGGCCAGCAAUAGAGCGGGCCGGCAGGACACGCAGAAGCUCAACGUCCGUGUCAUGGUGGCGCCGGUGCUGCAGCCUUUCCACUUCGAAGAGAACCUGCAGGCCGGGGACCGCGCGGGGGUGACGUGCCUGGUGACUAAAGGGGACCCGCCCGUCACCUUCACGUGGGAGAAAGAUGGGCGGCCGGUGGCGGAGGUGGGCGACGUGACCAUCAACGGCCUCAACCACUUCUCCAGCGCUCUCAUGAUCGGUCGGCUAUCCGCGCAGCACACCGGCCGUUACACCUGUCGGGCUGCUAACCACUGGGCGCAGGUGGAGCACUCCGCUGACCUCGCUGUGAAUGUGCCUCCCGCGUGGGUGGUGGAGCCAGCCAGCACCAACGUGGCCCUGGGCGGCUCCGUGGCCCUGCACUGCCUCGCCAAGGGCUUCCCCAACCCCGCCGUGGCCUGGAGCAAGGAGACAGUCUCGGGCGAGUUCGUGGGCGUGGCUACAGGGGAAGGGGGCGUGUCUGGCUGGGAGAACGGCACGCUGAUGGUGAGCCACGCGGAGAGGAGGCAUGAGGGGCGCUACCUCUGCGCGGCGAACAACGGGGUGGGGUCCGGGCUGUCCAAGGUGGUGGCGCUGAGUGUGAAUGAGCCCCCGUGGUUCAGCGUCCGUAGUCAGCGCCAGCAGGUGGUGGUGGGCGGGUCCGUCACGCUGAGCUGUGAGGCACACGGCGACGCGCCCCUCACCGUCACGUGGACCAGAGGCGGCGCUCCCCUGCCCACGCUGCCCAGGUACGGGGUGUCGGAGAGAGGCACAGACGGGGGCCAGGUGUCGGAGCUCACCCUGCGCGCCACCCACAUCACCGACACGGGCACCUACACUUGCACCGCCACCAACGACCACGGCUCACUCGCGUCCGACUUCGUGCUGCUCGUCCAAGACGUCCCCGGCCCCCCCUCUGGACUGGCGGUGGGUGAGGAGGGGUCCCGCCACCUGACCCUCUCCUGGAUGCCCCCGGAGGACUCCAACGCCCCCAUCACCGCCUACAUCAUCACCUUCGACGCACAGCACUCCCUCAUGGUGGGGGGGCCGCGUGAGGUGACAGUGGACGGCGACCAGAAGAGGGUGCGCCUGGAAAGUCUUCAGCCGGCCACGACCUACACGCUGGCGGUGGUGGCGGAGAACAGGGUGGGACGCAGCCAGCCCUCGCCGCCCCUCACGGCCGCCACGCACGAGGAGGCGCCCACUGGACACCCCCAGAACGUUGUAGUGGUGCCGGUCUCCUCAACGGCCCUGCAGGUGACUUGGGAGCCCCCGCCUGAGAACCUGACUCAUGGGACCAUCCUGGGUUACUACCUGGGGUUCAAGGACGACAGCGAGGGUGAGACAGGGGCGUACAACUUCACCACAGUGGGGGUGGACGGCGCAGGGGUGACCACAGCCUCCCUCUCCGGCCUGCGCCCCCACGCCAGCUACUCUGUGGUGCUUCAGGCCUUCAACUCCAGGGGUGCAGGACCAGGCUCGCCCCCCGCCCUCGCUACCACCAUGGAGGACAAGCCCAGCGCACCCCCCGGCCACGUGACCUGUGAGAGCGUGACCUCGACUACCCUGGAGGUCACCUGGUCACCCCCGCCCCCCCGCGCUCGCAACGGCCUCAUCACCACAUACAAACUGAGCUACGUCCACCACCCUCUCCAUGGGGGCGGCGACGGGGGCGGCAGCAUCAUGAGGAAGGGGCAGCGGGCCACCCUAGACACCCUGACGCCCUUCACCAACUAUAGUGUGAGCGUUGCGGCUUUCACCAAGGCAGGGCAAGGCGUCUCCUCCCCGGCGGUUAUGUGCACCACGGAUCAGGAUGUCCCCGAGGCCCCAGCACGUGUCAAGGCCGUGGUGUCAGGUCCCCGCGCGGCCGUUGUCUCCUGGGGUCGUCCGUCUCGCCCCCACGGCACCAUCACCCGCUACACCGUCCACUGGCAGCCGGCGGGUGGGCGCGGGGGACCCCACAGCCGCCGGGUGGAGCCGCAUCUCACCCACCUGUCCCUGCAUGACUUGUCCCACACCACGUACAAGGUCUGGGUGACAGCCUCCACCAAGAUGGGCGAGGGUCCCCCCAGCCCCGGCACCCUGGUCAAGCCCUCGCACACAGUGCCCGCUGGUGUCUGGUCAGUGGGCGGGAACCUGACGGCGGCGUGGAAGGAGGACGUGAGCUUGGCCUGCGGUGCCGUGGGAGUGCCGGAGCCCUCUCUCACCUGGACACACCUGCGCAAUGUGAUCUCCGACAAGCACGAGAGGUUCAAGAUCCAGCCGGACGGUACGCUCACCCUGGCGGACAUACAGCGCACCGACAGCGGCGAGUAUGUCUGCACCGCCACCAACAACCAUGGCGUAGAUACCGUCACAUACAACUUGACGGUGCUGGUUCCUCCGUCCGCGCCUUCCCUCCACGUGACGGAGACAACCGCCUCCUCCAUCCGGGUGCAGUGGAGCGUGGAGGACACGGGGGGGGCGCCACUCCAGGGGGCAACACUCCACUACCGGUCCGCGGGGGGGGAAUGGGUGACGCAGAAGGUGGGGGGGGAGCACCGGUCCUACACGGCAACUGGACUUCGCUGCGGAACACUCCACCACUUCUAUCUCACCGGCCACAACUAUAUUGGCACAAGCUCUGCAUCACGAACGGAGGCGGCUCGUACGAAAGGUCGGCCCCCGGAGGCGCCCCCACAGUUCCAGUUCGUGACCACCAACAGCUCCCAGGCGACCCUAUACCUGGCGCAGUGGGGCGAUGGCGGCUGCCCCAUCACCCACUUCAGCGUUCAGUACAGGAAGGCUGAUUCGCGACACUGGACGACAGUGGGUAGUGAGGUGUCGCCUGCUCGGACAUACGCCGUGGGUGGGCUUGAGCCGGGCGUGAGAUACGAGCUCCGGGUGACCGCCCACAACGCAGCGGGGGCCACGCCUGAGCGCUACACCCUCAUCACACCCGGACUGGGCCUGGCGGGCAUGGGUGUGGGUACCGGAGGGAUGGGGUGGGGCGGCACUCCCUCGGCCGCCCCCGUCUGGCGCGACCCUCGAGUGCUGGUGCCGGCCGCUGUCUCUGCCCUGGCCCUGCUGCUCACCGUCACCACCGUUUGUGUUUGCAUCAGAAAGCGUCCCCAGAGUAGUGGUGGGGGUGGGCCAGAGGGGGGCGGCGGGGACAACCUGACAGGGGGCGACGAGGAUAAAUCAGCCCUUCAAGCGCGAGAGGAACAGCAGCAGCAGCAGGGGGGCCAGUACACCACCGUCCGCCGCCCCGCCCCCACGCCCCCCCAGCACCACCACCACCCCCACCCCCACCACCCCCAACACCACCCUGGCGACACCACCGGGGACUACAGCGAGGAGGAACUUUACCCUUAUGCCACUGCCACGUUUCAACUAAGCGGCGGCAGCCCUCCUCCCCCUGCCCCGCCCUCCCCACCCAGUCACGCCCAUCACCCGCAGCCCACGCGCGCCCAGAAGGCUUUCACCGCCCUCGUCUACCAAGCCCCCUCACUCCAUGAUGUGGACUCGCCAAAUUUGAGUGAGAGGGAGAGGGACGUUGGCCGGGGCGGGGUGCGGGGCUUCACCUACGAGGCCAGCGAGACCGAGGACUACGGCAGCGUUCUCGGGGCUGCCGCGCCUGCCCCGCCCCCCGACCCCCGCUGCCCCCCCCACCACCGCCGCCCCCCCCGCCACCUCAGGACCAGUAGGACCCCCCGCUGUGCCCGCUUCCCCUAGAACACCACAACACCGCCAACACCACCACCACCACCACCACCUCCACCACCACAAGGCACCGCCACAGCAGCACACCCUCCGCCUGGCACGACACCAAAGGAGCCCGGCAGCCUCCCGACGCCUGAGCGAGGGCAGCGCCUCCACCCGCGACCUGCCCAGCGACGCGGAGUGUGACCUGCACUGGUGACCUGAGCCCCCGCCCCCCCUCCCCUCUGCCCUGCUGACCCUCCCUGACCCACCCUUGCCACCCUGCUGACCUGACCCCAGUUGACCCCUCCCUGACCACCCUUGACCUUUCCUCCAAUUUUUUACCUUUUUUGACCAACUGAUUCUUCCUUCUGACCUCCCAUGACCUCUUCUUAUGACCUAACACCCUCCUUGCUAACCCCCCUGACCCACCCUUGCCCCCUGCUGACCUGACCCCCAGUGACCUCUCCUCUGACCUCCUCCCUCCCUCCCUGACCUCCAACCCUUUAUCUCCCUCUCUCUGACCUCUCCUCCCAACCCCUUACCUCCAUGACCUCUCCUGUGACCUUUUGACCUCCUGACCUCUUUCAUGACCUCCAGAUCUUGUUUAAACCCCCAGCGCCCCCACCAUCUCCCCUUCCUCUGCCCCCCCCCCCC